AUGAAAGCCGUGCCCAUCCCCAGUCCAAAGUGCAACAUGUCCAACGAGUACAUCGCUUUCUACACCAAUACGAACAAGACCAGUGCAUGGGCACAUCGUGUAGAGAUCGCCUUCAUCGAAGCAGGUGUCGAGCCCGAAGUGGGGAUCAUAUCUCUGCAAGACAAACCUGAGUGGUUCACGUCUGUAGUGAACCCCAUGACCAAGCAAGUCCCCGCCAUUGUCUAUGGCGGACCGAGAGUCCCAGCAGAUCAGCCUUCGCAAGAGUCUGUGAAGCUGACCGAGUCUAACGUUCUCCUCGAGUUCCUUGCAGACAUCUAUCCCGAAGCCGGCCUUCUCCCGAAGGAUUCCGUCCAACGCGCGAAAGCGCGCUUCUUCAUCGAGAAGAGCAACAGCACGCUGAAGCCCGCCUGGGGAGCGUAUCAGUGGCUGAAAGGCUCGAAGGACGCGUUUAUCGCCGGACUCGAGGCCGUGCAGAGUUUGCUCCCAGAGUCGGGUUUUGCUGUUGGCGAAUGGUCGAUCGCAGAGGCCUCUAUCGCACCCAUUCUGGGAAGGGCAGAGGCGACACUGCGUGCGGAUACGGGGGCGUGGGCGGCAGGCGAGGGGCCGGUCACGUACAAGGAGGUGUUCGAAGGAGAGCGGUUUGCGCGCAUCGUCCAGUACUGGCGGGACAUCCAGGCGAGGGACAGCUGGAAGAAGACCUUCAAUGAGGCCGGGUACAUUGAGAUCAUGAAGAAGAGGUUUGCCCGUUCGUAA